UUCCUAAAUUUAUCCUCACGGCUGUCAAUCCCCUGGUCACCAAUAGCAAGUCUUCCGUCAAACAGAACGAUGGUGUCGACCUUGAUCCAAAGGAAUCAAGACUUCCAGAGAAAGAUGGAAUUAUUGUUAGCAGCUCCUUGGCGACAUUUGCAUACAUUAGAGAUCACCUUGAAAGAGCUGCUCUCCUGUUUGUGUCCAGCGUUUGUGUGGGAUUAAUCUUCACGCUGUGUGCUUUGGUGAUCCGCAUGUCGUGCUCAAAUGACUUCCAGAAAUUGCACAGAAAGGAGGAUCAGUUAGUGCCAGAAAGUGAUGAAGUGUACGAGAACAGUGAAAAUGAGGAGGAGGAGGAGGAGGAUUCCUCCGAUUCGGAUGUCCGGGAUGAGAUAGCGGGCCUUUACAGACCUUCUUACUCAGGUUAUAAUUCAACAGAGGCGGCGGAACUGGCUGAAAGGAUAGAGCGCAGGGAGCAGAUCAUACAAGAAAUUUGGAUGAGCAGCGGUUUGGAUAUGAUACCUCCUAGAAAUAUGAAUACGUUUUAUAUUAACGAACAAUAA